UAACUCGUAUCAUGCAGAUACUACUUUGUCAAUGUUCGAAAAUAUAUAAUUAAACAAUACAUAUAUUAUUUGUGGUGAAUCCUAUUUUGGAUUUAUUCUGUAGAUCGUCCAUUUUAGGUUCGCGAAGUUUAAGAAAAAUUUGUAUAACGGAUAAAGAUUUGCAUAACGUUGACGUCUAACAAAGUAAUUGGACCAAAAUGUUAAGAUUUCCCGUGAUAAAAUUAUCUACGGGAUUACAGAAUGGCAGAUUUCCUACCGUAGGAUUACAUACGACAUUGUGUAAAUUUCAGCAAGAAUUAGUAGAAGUAUUCAUAGAUGACAAACCAGUUCAAGUUCCACCAGGAACAACUGUUUUGCAGGCUGCUGCAAAAAUAGGAGUAGAAAUUCCUAGAUUUUGUUAUCAUGAACGUUUAGCUGUAGCAGGAAAUUGUAGAAUGUGUCUUGUGGAAAUUGAAAAACAGGUUAAGCCUGUUGCAGCUUGUGCUAUGCCAGUAAUGAAAGGAUGGAGAGUAAAAACCAAUUCUGAUUUAACUCGUAAAGCUCGGGAAGGUGUCAUGGAAUUUUUAUUAGUAAAUCAUCCUUUAGAUUGUCCUAUUUGUGACCAAGGUGGUGAAUGUGAUUUACAAGAUCAAAGUAUGGCAUUUGGUAGUGAUCGGAGUAGGUUUGUUGAUAUUAAUUAUAGUGGUAAAAGAGCAGUUGAAGAUAAAGAUAUUGGUCCUUUAAUAAAGACAGUUAUGACACGUUGUAUUCAUUGCACAAGAUGUAUUCGUUUUGCAUCUGAAGUUGCUGGUAUUGAUGAUUUAGGAACUACAGGUCGUGGAAAUGACAUGCAAGUAGGAACAUAUGUAGAAAAAAUGUUUUUAUCUGAGUUAUCUGGUAAUAUUAUUGAUUUAUGUCCUGUUGGAGCGUUAACAAGUAAACCAUAUGCUUUUGUUGCUCGUCCAUGGGAAACACGUCGUACAGAUAGUAUUGAUGUUCUUGAUGCUGUUGGUAGUAAUAUAGUUAUAUCUCAUAGGACGGGUGAAGUUUUGAGAAUUUUACCAAGAGUUAAUGAGGAAAUAAAUGAGGAAUGGUUAUCUGAUAAAGCUCGUUUUUCUUAUGAUGGAUUGAAACGUCAAAGGCUUAUAACUCCUAUGAUAAAAAUUAAUGGAAAAUUAGAAGCUGUUGAAUGGGAAGAUGCUCUUGUAGCAACUGCUCAAGUUAUUCGUAAUAUAGCCCCAAAUAAAUGUGCUGUAAUUGCUGGAAAAUUAGCUGAUGCUGAAGCUCUUGUGGCUUUGAAAGAUUUAGUAAAUAGACUUGGCAGUGAAAUUCUUGCAACAGAACAAAACUUUCCAAAGCAUGGCACAGGUAUUGAUAUAAAUAAUUAUUUACUAAAUAACACAAUUGCUGCAAUAGAAGAGGCUGAUGUUGUAUUAUUGAUUGGUACUAAUCCAAGAUAUGAAGCACCUUUAGUUAAUACUCGAAUAAGAAAAGGAUAUAUUCACGGUGAACAAAUUAUUGCGCAAAUUGGUCCGAAAAUAGAUUUAACUUAUGAUUAUGAACAUUUAGGUCAAUCUCCAGAAAUUAUAACACAGUUAAAAAAUGGUACUCAUUCAUUUUCAAGUACUUUAAAAUCUGCUAAACCUUUAAUUAUCUUGGGUGUUGAGCAAUUAACUAGAAAAGAUGGAGCAAAAAUUUUAUCUGAAACACAAUUAUUGGCACAAACUAUAGGAGAAAACAUAGAAGCUCCCAAAAAAUGGAAAGUAUUAAAUAUUCUUCAUACAAAUGCAUCACAAGUGGCAGCUUUAGAUGUGGGUUAUUCAUCAUCUAUUGAAGAAGUUAAAGAGCAACAACCGAAAAUUCUUUUUUUGUUAUCAGCUGACGAUUCAAAUAUUAAAAAAGAAGAUUUUCCGAAUACUUUUAUCGUAUAUAUAGGUAGUCACGGUGAUGAAGGAGCUUCAGUUGCAGAUGUCAUACUUCCUGGAGCUGCAUAUACUGAAAAAGUUGCAACAUAUGUAAAUACAGAAGGUCGUGCACAACAAACUCAAGCUGCAAUUACACCACCGGGUAUGGCUCGACCAGAUUGGAAAAUCAUACGAGCUCUUUCUGAAAUUUGUGGAAUUUGUUUGCCUUAUGACAAUUUGGCUGAAAUAAGAUCUAGAUUGGAAGAAAUAGCACCACAUUUAAUUAGAUAUGAUACUAUAGAAUCAACUAAUUAUUUCACUCAAGUAUUGGAAUUAUCAAAGGAAGUGUCAAGUUCAUUGUCUUCUAAUCCAAUAGAAGUUAAACAGAAAACAUUAGAUAAUUUUUUUAUGACAGAUGCAAUAUCUCGUGCUUCGCAAACAAUGGCAAAAUGUGUACAAGCAGUUAUUAAGCAACGAGAAAACACCUUAUAGACAUACAUAUAUAUAUAUAAAUUAGUACAUAUUGUAUUAUGGUAAAUAUGUAAUAAUAUAUAGUUUCAUUAAAUAUAUAUAAAUAAUAUUUAA